CUCAUUCAUAAACCGAACACAUCACUGCGGACUUGACCAUCGCGAGAUACACACGGCUUGUGUUAUUUUUAUCUAAUAGUAUUAACGUUGGUGUUGUGUACAAUGAGUGGAAACUUCCUUACUAUUCCCGGCGACAGUCCGAUGCAAAGACGAUCACGGAGUUCGUCGUUAACGGAUUUAAUAUCAGCAUUUGACAACAAAGCGCAGGCGCAUACCGAAUUACAGAAAAUAACCGCUUUCAGCGGCCAUUUUGUCAAAAAUGCCAAACCGACGUUUUCAAAGGAUGAAUAUGGAAAACCAAUUCCGGGUUCGAUGACAGAGUACAGAGGAGCAGAGGCACAAGCCAGAGUUUGCACAGAGAUGAAGGAGUUAUGUGAAAUUAUUCACGAGUACGGCAAAUCUCCGUGCAAGAGUCUUCUCCCGCCUGAACUAAAAGAUGCUACUAAAGUUAUCUCGUUUGGUGAACUUUUCACGAUCUACACAGUAAUCUCAGACAAACUCGUCGGGAUCUUGCUGAGGACGAGAAAACAUCAAUUAACUUUCUUCGAGGGCGAAGUUCUAUUCCAGAAACGAGACGACGACGUGCCCGUGUUCCUAAUGCAGCCCAUCAACGACAUCAGGGAAUAUUGUAACAACAAAGCCUUACAAGCUAGGCGAUCAGUGUCACCUAUGCCUAAUUAAAUUCUAUAAAUAUAACUAUAAUAAAACAAAUAAAGACCGACGCCGACCUACGGAGCAUAGCUCACAUAAAUAUUAGACCUUAUGUUUAUUCGCAAUUAGUUCAAAAUUGCUUGUAUUUAUCUCUUAUAGAAUUAUGCCAACUCUUCACAUGUGUACUGUUGGUUUAAAAUAGGCCGAAGAAACUGAUAUUGCCAUUAAGUCUGCUAAUAAUAAAAUAAGAAUAUGUGAAGAUAAAUGCCAAGAAUGCGACGCGGUUCUGUCUGCAUAGUGACAGUUGUAAUAUGGAAAUAAGUGGACAGUCCCUAUGUUCAGUUCAAUAGAAAUAAAAUGUUUUUUAAUUAGCAAUUACUCGCUGAUAGCUGUUGCUGACUGAAUGCGAAAACAUAAUUAAAUAUACCUGUAGUUAUUUGUUUAUUAGAUAAAGCAUAUAAAUUAUAUAUAAAUAUCGUCUUGGCUAUAUAUCAUUAAAGUAUAAUUAAGAAUGAAGUAUUAUCGUUAAUGUAUUCGUAUAUAACAUUGAACCUAAAAUUCUUUAUCGCUUCGAAUUGCGUAAAAAUGCUAAUGUUAAAUCGAUGAGAGAAUAUUUUCAGACGAUCUGUUUUUAUCCGAAAAUCAAGGAAGAAAUUUAUUAAGGCUAAGAAAAGAUAAUUUUAGAUAUAAAAAGAUAGAUAGAAUGUUAGAAAUGAAAAGAAGGGACCUAUCGUAGUGCUUUGUUAUCUUGUUGUUUUACGUAAAUUUAUUUUUAUUUCAGUUUAGUGAACGAUGUUCUUUUAACAUAUUAACAUUUCUUAAUUCAUUUUUGUAAAUGACUUUCUCGUUAGUUAUAAGAAAAUGUAAUUAGUUAUUCUAGUCAUUAUUGGUUAUUUUAGAUUAUAUUUACAAUAAGUUAAUGGAAUGUAAUCAAUCGCACACGACAAGAUUAUCCUAAAACAAUUAUUAUUAAAUUUAAUUUGUUAUAAAAAAUAUAAUAAUUAUAAAAAAAUAGUUUCUUUUUAAGAGCAAUAUUUUUAUUAGCGAGUCUUUAGUUAUUUCAAAGAUUUUCGUCUUAUUCUAAUUUUUUUUUUCCAGUUUGGGACUUUGUAGGUAAACAAAAUGUUUUCUAUUUGUAAAUGUCAUAUGAAAUAGACUAAACUAAAAAUUCGAUAAACAAAGUCUGUUUAUAAGACCAUUUGACAUUGACAAAUAACGAAAAUUUUCUUUAUAUAAAAUUACCACUCAAAAACCCGAACCUAUGCAAAAUUGUAAAACAGCUCAAUUUAAACAUAAAAUUGAUAAAAUUUUAUGAAUAUCACAAAUAAGUUUUAAGAUAGUUUUGUGCGUAGGUUUAAACUAAAAUAUGUACAUUUAUUUAACAUGU